ACCACGUCCGGUUCAGAGAGGCAUGUUUAUAUGCGGUCUCUGCACGUUAACCGGACCGUGUGUGGGUCGGUACUGAGUGUGAGACGGUAACGUUAACACCAGCGGGAGCGUCCGUAGGUUUAACGGCCGCUGCUGUAACUUCGUCACGGACGGAAGUUUGUGUUGUAAAGAGGAAACAGCGAAGAUGUCUCUGCCCGUUAAUGCUCAUGCUAACGCUAAUGCUAACGUGGAUCCGAAGGUGUUACAGUAUGAAAACUUCAUCAACGAAGUUCUGAAGAGAGAUUUACAGAAAGUGUUGGAGCAGAGAGAUUCGGUUUAUGAGAAGAUAUCUCAGUACCUGCAGCUGAAGAACACCAUACAGACUCUGCAGGACUCGGGCUCUCAGCAGCUGAAGACAGACGUAGAUCUGGGCUGUAACUUCUACGUCCAGGCUGAAGUGGAGGACGCGUCCAGGAUCUUCGUGGCGGUGGGUUACGGUUUCUUCGUGGAGAUGGAUCACGACGAAGCUCUGCGAUUCAUUGAAAAGAAGACGAGUCAGCUCACAGCCUUCACAGAGCAGCUUACCAAAGACUCCGCCAAAAUAAAGGCCAACAUCCGGAUGGUGCUGGAGGGUCUGAGGGAGCUGCAGGGACUGACUGACCUGUCCGAAUGACGACCAGAGGACAGUUCAGGAGGGACGUUUUCAGGAGGGACGAUGUUCUGACUAUAAUAAAAUAACAAGACCUGGUCUGUAACAGACAUGGACACUAAUCAGGACAAAUACUAAAGCCUCUCCAGGUGGGCCUGCAGAGCUGAAGGGUGGGGCCUGAACCACAAGAAUGGAGGCUGUUACAGCAGGACAUGUUGCAGCUGUCCACAUACUUUUGGACAUGUAUUCUGAAUUAUAAUUAUCAAUAAAGAGUAAACAGAUAAAUGUAAAAAUAAGAUGGAAACAUGAGCCAUCAGAGACAGAGCCUGUUACCAUGGAAACUGGAUGCUAAAUCGAGUGGUGUAAAGAAGCUGAGAGACGACUCCUGAAAUAGACUCACACACAGAAACAUGUCUGACUCACUGCUGGUCCCAGUCCUGUCCUGGUCCAGGUCCUGUCCUGGUUCGAGUGACUGAUUGUCCACUGAUCAUUUUUCAGAUUUUGUACUAUGAUUUCUUUGAUGUUUUCCAAAUGUUUUUCUGAUAUUUUGCUGAUUCUUAAAAAUAAUUAACUAAUA